UCAAAUUAUUGGAUUUAUGUUGCAUGUGCAUACUAUUUUCCACAGCUAUGUUUCCAUUGCUUCUGUUAUCAGGUUUUUUCAUCUUCACCUUGAGUGUCCCUCAUGAAUAUGUUUUUGUGAAUGAGCCCAAGACUUGGACAGAAGCUCAGAGAUACUGUAGAGAGAAAUACACUGAUCUGGCCACCAUUGAAAAUGAACAACAAACGGUUCAGUUGACAGACACAGUGAAUGAUGAUUCCAUUGAUUUGGCCUGGAUUGGACUCUAUGAUGAUCUGAACAGUUGGAAAUGGACUCUAGAGGACAGUGAUUUCUUCAAGGUGGGAGAGAAAGACUUCAGGAAUUGGUACAACCCAGGACCAGACAAUUCUGGAGGACAAAGUCUCUGUGUGUAUAUAAUCAAUGGGUUAUGGUAUACAUCAUACUGUUCCUAUGUACGCUCUUUUAUCUGCUAUGAUGGAAGCCAGAAUGCCAGUGAUCGUUAUGUUUGGGUUGACCAAUACAAAACCUGGACUGAAGCUCAGAGAUACUGCAGAGAACAUCACACAGACCUCGUCAGUAUCAGAAAUGAGACUGAAAACCAGAAAAUCCAGGAUCUAUUUCAGAAUUAUAAUGCUUGGAUUGGACUGUACAGAACCAGAUCUUGGUCAGAUCAGAGCAACUCUUCAUUCAGUAACUGGAGGACAGGACAGCCAGAUAAUGCUGGAAACAGUGAAUACUGCACUGCAGCGUCAUUCAGUGACUCUGGAAGCUGGACAGAUGAAAACUGCAACACUGCAUUACCUUUCAUUUGCUACAGUGUGUCAUCUUUGACAUCAUCCCGUCAGUAUCACUUUGUGAAUGAGUCUAAGACCUGGACUGAAGCUCAGAGACACUGCAGACAGAAUUACACUGAUCUGGCCACCAUUGAUAACAUGGAGGAAAUGAACAGACUGAUUAACACAGUUAAUGGGAGUUACAAUGGUUCAGCCUGGAUUGGACUGUAUGAUGAUGUGAACAGCUGGAGAUGGUCACUGGAAGACAAUGAUUUCUAUCAGGAAGGAGAGAGAGAUUUCAGAAACUUUUAUCAUGAACCAGACAACAAUGGGGGGAACGAACUGUGUGUUUACAUGAAUUAUGACGGAAACUGGUUUGAUUUGCCAUGUGACAACAUACUGCAAUUCAUUUGCUAUGAUGGUAGGGUGAAUGUCACACAAAGUUACACAAGAAUCAAUGAUGGGAAAUCCUGGUCAGAGGCUCGUAGAUACUGCAGAGAUCAUUACACAGAUCUCGUCAAUGUGAGAAAUCAGACUGAGAACCAGAGGAUCCUUGAGACAGCAGGUGGAGGAGUCUGGAUCGGACUGUACAGAAACAGAAUUUGGUCAAACAGUCAGAUUACCAAAUAUGAAGAUUGGAGACCAGCCAUUCCCUACUCAGCACGACAACCAGAUAAUGGUGAAUAUGUUUUUAGCCAGUGGGGUAUUGAGCUCUGUACUGCUGUAUCAUUCAGUCAUUCAGGCCGAUGGACUGAUGAGAACUGCUUAUCCAGCAUGCCUUUCAUCUGCUUUUACAGAACCUGCACACAAUAUUCAUGUAACCAUCAGUAUUACUUUGUGUUUGAAUCUAAGUCCUGGACUGAAGCUCAGAGAUACUGCAGACAGAAUUACACUGAUCUGGCCACAAUUGAUAACAUGGAGGAAAUGAACAGGCUCAUUAAAACAGUGCGCAGGACUUACGGCAAAGCUUGGAUUGGUUUGUAUGACGAUAUGAACAGCUGGAGAUGGUCACUGGAUAAUACAGCAUUAGAGGGAGGUUUUAAAAGCUGGAAUGUCCUGCAACCAGUAAACUCAUAUGGACAGAGUCUGUGUGUGUACAUGUCAUAUAAUCGAGGAAGAUGGAGUGAAGACUUUUGCUCGCAAACACGUCCCUUUGUUUGCUAUGAUGGAAGCGCGAAUGCUAGUACAAGUUAUGUGUAUGUUUACCAGCCUAAAACCUGGACUGAAGCUCAGAGUUACUGCAGAGAACAUCACACAGACCUCAUCAGUAUCAGGAAUGAGACUGAAAACUACAGGGUUCAGUCAUUAAUAUUUGAUUAUUACACUGUUUGGAUUGGACUGUACAGAACCAGAUCUUGGUCCGAUCAGAGCAACUCUUCAUUCAGUAACUGGAGGACAGGACAGCCAGAUAAUGCUGGAAACAGUGAAUACUGCACUGCAGCGUCAUUUAGUGACUCUGGAAGCUGGACAGAUGAAAACUGCAACAUUGCAUUACCUUUCAUUUGCUACAGUGCUUUUGCAUCAUCCCGUCAGUAUCACUUUGUGAAUGAGUCUAAGAGCUGGACUGAAGCUCAGAGAUACUGCAGACAGAAUUACACUGAUCUGGUCACCAUUGAUAACAUGGAGGAAAUGAACAGACUGAUUAACACAGUUAAUGGGAGUUACAAUGGUUCAGCCUGGAUUGGACUGUAUGAUGAUGUGAACAGCUGGAGAUGGUCACUGGAAGACAAUGAUUUCUAUCAGGAAGGAGAGAGGGAUUUCAGGAACUGGUAUCAUGAACCGAACAACAUUGAUGGGAAUGAACUGUGUGUUUUCAUGGAUUCUAAUGGAAACUGGCUUGAUUCUUCAUGUGAAUCUUAUUUCAUAUUUGUUUGCUACGAUGGUAGAGCAAAUUCCCCUCAGAAGUAUGUUUUGGUGUAUUAUUAUACGACCUGGACUGGAGCUCAGAGCUACUGCAGAGAGCAAUACACAGACCUAGCCAGUGUGAGGAAUGAGACAGAGCGUCAACAGAUACUGGAUAUAACACGUUAUUAUAGUUAUUAUGUAUGGAUUGGUCUGUACAGAAACAGACUGUGGUCAGAUCAGAGCAGCUCUUCAUUCACAUAUUGGCUUCCAUUAACCCAAGGUGUUGCUGCAGAACCAGAUAAUGGUGCAAAUGUCCCAGGACAGCAGGGAUCUCAACACUGCACAGCUGUGUCUUUGCAAUAUUUUGGCCAGUGGACAGAUGAGAGCUGCUUGGCCAGUUUGCCUUUCUUCUGUUACAGUGGUGAGAAAAUAUACCUUCUAUAA